AUGACAAGAUUUGCACGAGCGAAAGGUUCCAAGGCGUCAAAUGAACGGCUACCUUGCGAAGCAACUCCAUGGCACGUGAUGAAACAGCAGCUGGAUACUGUCAAAGCCAAGGAAAGUUCAGAGAAGCCAAAAAAUGCCAAGGAACUAUUGAAAGAAAAGGAUGAUCCUUAUUACUGGGACACAGUGGUGAAUAAGACUGAAUGGGCGACCCUUGAUACUGACAAACCUUCAAAAAGUGUCAAAAAAAAUAAUCCUGGUAAAGUUGAAAAAAAUUCUCCGAAAAAAAGUGCCUUGAAAAAAGCAAGUCUUGAUAAUUCAGUGUCUCUUAAUGAUUCUAAUGAUAAAUCUCGAAAAAGGAAACCUGAAGAAGUUGAAAAGACUGCUGGUGAAACAGAGAAUGUUCCUAAGAAGAAGAAAAAAAAUAAACUUGCUAAUAAUGGAGAAGAAAAUGUUGUAGAAAAUUUUCCUAAGAAGAAGAAAAAUAAAAUUGUUAAUAAUGGAGAAGAAAAUGUUUCUAAGAAGAAAAAAAAUGAAAUUGUUAAUAAUAGAGAAGAAAAUGUUGUAGAAAAUGUUCCUAAGAAGAAAAAAAAUAAGCUUACUAAUAAUAAAGAAGAAAAUGUUUCUAAAAAGAAAAAAAAUAAACCUACUGCAAAUUCUGAAGAAAACUCAAUUGUUGAUGAAAAUAAAGAAGAAAAAAAAUUAAAUAAUGUUAAACUUAGUAAAAGACAAAAACGUAAUAGAAAAAAUAAAAUAAAAAAUGAUAAUUCUAAUCAACAAGAUGAAGUUAGCACACCAAUUACUUUUAAUGUCGAAGGAAAUGAUUGGAACAGUAGCAUUAAAUUCGGAUCUAGUGAUGGUAAAUCUAAAUUUAAGCCUAAGAAUAAUAAUAAUGAUAAUUCUAAGCCUGAAAAUAAUAAUUAUCCCAACAAUUACAACGACAAAAGAUUUAACCAAAGGGUAGUUAAGCAGCGACCAGCGAAAAUCCGCGACAACUUGGAGCACAAGCGAAGAAAACCGGAACCUGGAGCGCAGAAGGUGAUAAUUAAUGGAAUGGAAGUUGAGAUAGUCUUGCACGACGGAUUCCCGGUGAGGAAAGACGACGCGGAGAGACUAAAGGAACUGAGGAAGAAAUUGGUGAUGAACGGAAUCCCAAAACCUGAGAUUGAUAGAGCGAUGAAACUGGAGAGACGUAAAGCUGAGAAAGCUUUGGCGAGGAUUAGGAAGAAUGUUUGCUUCCAUUGUCGGAAGGCGGGUCACAACUUGUCGGAUUGUCCUGAAUUGGGACGGGAGGAAGCUGCUACUGGGAUCUGCUUCAAGUGCGGUUCUACUGAGCACACGCAUUUUGAAUGCAAAGUUAAUAAGAAGGAAGAGUUUAGGUUUGCAACUUGCUUCAUUUGUCGGGAACAAGGACACAUUGCUAAGCAGUGUCCGGAUAAUCCUAAUGGGCUUUAUCCUAAAGGAGGCGCUUGCAGUAGUUGUGGAGACGUUACGCAUCUUAAGAAGGAUUGUCCUGCUUUGAUAGAACAGAAAGAAGGAGCUAGGAUCACGCUUGGUACUAUUGCUGAUGUUGAUUCUUUGGAGACGAUUGAUGAGUUGGAUAAAAGUAAAAAGAAUGAAGUUGUAAAGGAGAGCAAGAAAAUUGUUAAAUUUUAA